AUGUCGUUUCGUGCACUGACUGUUAAGAGAGAAAAUAUCGAAAUUAAAACAGAGCUUACCACCGCUUUCUACAAUUUUUUUUUUUGUAAAAAAUUUUAUUUUAUUAUGAUUUCUUCAAAUGACUUAGAACUUGUUAAUUUUUUUAUAUUUAAUCCGAAAUACGGGCAAAGGGAAGGAGAGGAAUACAAAAAAAUUUUGUUUUACUAUCCAAAUGAAACAAAUAAAGACGUUCAGUUAAAAAAUGCUGGUUUAUGCGAGGCUCUAAUUAAAUUUACUGAAUCUUUUAAGCCUGAUAAACCUUGUCAAAAUUUUCAUACGAAAAAAUCAAAACAAUUCUUUUUCGAAGCUGAAAAAGAAUUUUGGCUUGUCAUGACAAUUGGAGCUCCAGUCCAAGAAAUAAAUAAUGAUGAUAAUUGUUCCAAAGAAAAAAGUGAUUCGAUUCAAGAAAAUGUAUUUGAUUCAAUAUUAAAAAAAUGUUAUAAAAUAUUUAAAUUAUUUUAUGGUAGUUUCAAUUCAAUUUUGUCAUCAUCUGAUGAUGGUUUAAAUAUUUUAAAACAAAAAUUAUCAAAAUUUUACGACAGUUAUUUAUCAGAGUUGAAAAUUGCUAACUGUGAUAUAUUAGAUGUAUUUCAAGGAAUGUCUUAUUUGCCAUUAAGAAAAGAACCUUUUUUACAUGUGCAAUGUUUUGUUAAUCUAGUUGAAACCAAAUUUAAAUUUGUUAAACAUUCUGCUUUCUUAUUUAACGAUCAACUAAUUUGGAGUGGAAUUUGUCCUGAAGAUAUGCAAAUAAUUUAUCAUUAUUUAAUAUUUAAAUUACUUCCACCUGAAAUAGAUUUAGAAGUCCAAGAUGGUUUCUUAUUUAAGGAACUUGAUUCCGAAGUGUACAGUCAUUAUAAUACCAGGAGUUUAGUUACAAAAUCGUUUAAGUUUAAAAAUCCAAAAAUUAAUGCUGAAAUGAUUCCUAAAGUUUAUUUAACUAGUGAUAAUAAUGUAGAAAUAUUUUAUUUUCUCGUAUAUCAGUAUUUAAGUGCAACAUUAUGUUUAUUUAUCGAAGAAACAAGCGAUUUAAGCAUAGAUAUUUUUAGAAAUUUAGAUUCAUAUUUGUCAAAUUAUUUAUCGCCUUUAGUCACGGAAAUAGCUGAACACUGUCAGAAAAACACAUCCAUAACUUCUUCAUCUAGCGAAGGAAGUCCAAAAGUAUUGUAUUUUAAUAAAUUAAAUUUAGCUCAAAAAAGUACAAUGCAUUUACAAAGUAGAAGAAAUGUUAGUAAAAAUGUUCCUGGGGAUAUAUUAAAAAUGAUUUCAGAUUUAAAUAUUGAAAAUUCUGAAGAAAAUGCAUAUGGGGAAGUUAUAUGUCAAACUUUAAAUGAUUGUUGGCUAGUUGGAAAAUAUUCAAAUUCAAGAGAGUUUUAUGUUGCAUUUAUUCACAAGAAAGAAAAUCUUAAUAAUAUUACAGAUGAAGUAAAAAAAUUAUGUGAGAGCCAGCUCAAAGAAAUUUUUUUCACCGAAUAA